AUGGGGACCCAACCUCCAGACGUGAUCCUUCGAGAGCCGGGAAACACGCAGUCGGGAUCGCCCCGCGUGGGCGUGAUCCGCACCCUCUUUGGCGACGUCGAAACUCCAAAUUUCAUCCUCUGUGGCACGAAAGCCUCUGUGAAGGGCGUAACCGUGGAAAUGCUUCGUGAAGCGAACACACAGAUCAUUCUUGCGAACACGUACCACUUGCUGGUGUAUCCGGGUCCAGAGGUCAUCGAGCGCUUGGGUGGACUUCAGCACUUCACCGGGUGGCGUGGGCCGAUGUUCACAGACAGCGGCGGCUACCAGAUUUUUUCGCUUCACCACGGCAGCGUCGCCGAUGAGGUGAAGGGGAGGCGCCGCGGCACCGGCAGUCGCGCUCCCUCUUCCUCGAGUGCUGGUGCGCGUGAAUCGUCCGAAGGCGGCAGAGACGGGCGCGAAUGCAUCGAGAGAUCGAGGGAACGUCUGGGUGACGCACCUCUCGAGGCGCAAGACACUGGAGAACCCGACUCGCAGUUGCUUCGCCUCGAUGAAACAGGCGCCAUUUUCCGAAGCUACCACACCGGACAGCGCGUCGAGCUGACUCCCGAGCGAGCCAUGGAAGCUCAGACACAACUCGGCGCGGAUCUCAUCGUUGCACUCGAUGAGUGCACACCUUUCCACGCUUCCAAGGGAGGCGUGUACAGGGAUUUGCGGCAGGAGAGCGUCAGCUUCGUCAACGAGCACCCCUUCUUCGGGUCGGCAAUAGGUGGAAGCUUAGGUGCUGACAGCGAGCAAAUGCAUGCAGUCGUUCAAGAAACUGCACGGCAGCUUCGAAAAGAUCGGCCCAUACAUUUGCUGGGAAUCGGACGCAUGCGCGACAUCUUCCACGGGGUCAAGCAGGGCAUCGACACAUUUGAUUGCGUUCAUCCAACGCGUGCCGGACGCCAUGGCAGCGCGCUCGUUCCGCGGGCUUUUUGGGAAGGCGACGGAGCCGUCGGAGUCCCUCCGUCUGCCUGCUGGGACCACGACGACUCGAGCGUGGAAACAAGAGGAUCGGCUGAGCGACCAGAUCUUCGUGCCGGCUCCGUUCCCGAGUUGGCCAGCUCCAUGUCAAGUCCGUCCACUGCCUUCUUGACGGGUCGCCCGAAAAGGAAGAAGGCCUUCCCUGUAGCAGCUCAGACACCCAAGGAGUACGUGGACUUGCGAAAUGCAGCGUUCAAGUUCGACGACCGGCCCAUUCUGCACGACUGUGGCUGUUACACGUGCAGGACCGCUAGCAGGGCGUACUUGCACUAUCUCUUGAAGGCCGGAGAGCAGCUGGGAGGAGUGCUCGUUACAGUUCACAACAUUUACACCAUGAACAGACUCAUGGGUUGCAUCAGUCCUGUUCCUCGCGAGAGUUCCCCGGGCGCAACUGCGAACGCCCACACCUAA